GUUCCUGUUGUGUUAGUAGGAAACAAGAUCGAUCUUCGGGGUGAUCAUGUAGCUAAUCAGUCUCUGGAAGACGAAAUAAUACCGAUUAUGAAUGAGUUCAAAGUAAUUAUAAAAUUCGGAUUCUUGCUUGAAAUUUUUACUAGUCGUAUUUAUUUACCAAUUGUGCGGAAAUGCUUCAAUGCGCCACUUCAACAACAAGAACUUGAAGGCGUCAAAGAGGUUGUAAGGGAGCAUGAACCUAGUGGUGUUAAUGAAGUGGGCUUGACCGAACUUGGUUUUUUAUUUCUUCAUACACUUUUUAUACAACGAGGUCGGCUAGAAACUACGUGGACAGUUCUGCGAAAAUUUGGCUAUGGUGAUGAUUUAUCGUUGAGAGAAGACUUCCUCUUCCCUCCGUACGUACAUAGUCUUGAUUAUGUUAAGUCAGUUAACAAUGAUAGCGUUCAACAUGAUUGUUCCGUGGAAUUAAGUCCUAAGGGAUAUCAAUUCUUUGCAGAUAUAUUUCAAGUUUUUGACAAA